CAAUCCGAAUUUGGAGCAUCGCACACGCUGAAGCUCAGUCCAAUUACAAAAACUAAGAUGAAACUCCUGCACAUUGUGCUGCUUUGCCUGGGCCUGGGGCUCUGCCUGUGCCCGGUGCCUGGAGAGGCGCGACGACUGCAGCGCGAGGCCAGCGCGGCGCCCGAGCCGGUGCAGAAUGCGGACCUGGCGGCCGCAGAGUCGCUCAAGUCGGAGGAGUUCGUGUCGGAUGCAACGACCACGCCGAAGCCACUGGGCAUUGUCUCCAUCAAAUCGCGAGCCAUCGCCAUGGACCGAGCCCUGUGCAAGGAGCAGUCGCGUUACCAUCCCCACUUCCCCAAGUGCUAUCAGUACUGCAAGCGGCUCGACCACUGGAUUGGCCAGUGCUGGCGCGAGAGCUGUCACUGCAUCUCCUGAAUGCAGCGCAGCUAAGCUAUCCGUUCCAGUACCAGUUCCAGCUCCAGCUCCAGCUCCAGCUCUAGCUUCAAUCCCAGCAACUGCUGCAGUUUCUGUAUCUAGUUCAUCUUCA